GUUCAUCAAGCACACCGCGCAGAUUGCAAAAGCAUACAAGGAGCAGCGCACCGUGCGAUGCUUCAGAGGCCUGACGCUGCCCUCUUAUCUUCUGUCUUCCAGGCAAGAGUUCGUGGAGUUUACACUGGCAGUCUUCUUGUUUGUGAUGCUGACGAUGGAGCCCUUCCUGCAUUGCCUGAAUGUUGAUGACCGAUUCGUCACCAACUGUUGCGAGCACGGGGAGUUCUACUGCACGCUGUCGGACAACUACGAUCGCAUCUCCACGCUUCCCAUGCUCUUGUACUUCGUCCUGGCCGCAGACCUCAUCCAUCUCAAUAUUCAUCUGUCCAGCUUCGUCGUCAUUUGUACGAGUCUUUGGUGGGAGUUUGUACUCUACUUGGGGGCAUUGGUCUUUUUGGCCACCGCCUUUGCCAGCGCCAUCGCCUGCUUACCACAAACAGGGCUUGACGACAGCGUUCAGCUUCGUGACUUCUACAAUUGGCCGUCUGCCUUCCAGUCGCUCCUCUCCAUGUCGCUGAACAUGUACAGCGGGAACAACUUCGAGGAAAUCAGUGUUGCAACAGAGGUGCCCUUGAAGUGGUGGAUCAUCGGCUUCGGGGCUUGCUGGCACGUUUUCCUCACGAACCUGAUGAUCGCACACUUCUGUGAGUCGCAGCUUCGAGCCGAGUUUGAGCGUAUAGA